AUCGCAUCCAGGCGAGACACACAAAGUAGGGAACAGACACGCCAGCCUCCGUCCAUUGUUCCUCGGUCACCAAUAUCAACCUUCCCCCCUCCUCCACGCCUCACGCCAUCGUCCAUCAGCACUCGGACACUCCUACUCACUCACCUCUGCCAACGGACCACUUGACCCAAGUACCAACCUCAACACCGCGAACCACAGGCAACUCGCGCACGCUCCUUUGCAUUCCCUCUCCGACCCAAUAUCACCCCUGAACAACCCACCGCUUCGUCGUACGGAAUCAGCACUCAGGAUCACUAACGCUCGAAGCAUUCCUUGGACUCAGUCACCACAUCAUCACCCAUCUGCAUCGCAUAUACGAACCCUCACAGCAAAAGCAGACCACAUCCUUCCUUGAUCCCCGGCACCCCUCUUCUGCACACACACACUCAUACAAUCUUUGGCCAAGAUGGGCGGAUCACUAUCAAAGGCCAUGGGAAAGAUCUUUGGCAAUAGGGAGAUGAGGAUCCUCAUGCUGGGAUUGGACGCAGCAGGAAAGACCACCAUCCUCUACAAGCUCAAGCUCAAUCAAUCCGUCACAACUAUCCCCACUGUUGGAUUCAACGUGGAAACAGUCCAAUACAAGAAUGUCAAAUUCAACGUAUGGGAUGUAGGAGGACAAGACAAGAUUCGUCCGCUCUGGCGUCAUUACUACACAGGGACACAAGGUCUAGUGUUUGUAGUCGACUCACAAGAUCGGGAUCGUAUCGAUGAGGCAAGGCAGGAACUACAUCGCAUCAUUGGAGAUCGUGAGAUGAGGGAAGCAUUGCUGCUGGUAUUUGCUAAUAAGCAAGAUUUGCCGGGUGCCAUGUCGCCGGCAGAAGUGACAGAGAAGCUGGGUCUCCACAGGAUGAGGGACCGUAGCUGGUUUGUCCACCCGAGUUGUGCUACCAGCGGAGAGGGUCUCUUCGAAGGGCUGAGCUGGCUCUCGGCAAACGUCAAGAAGCAGCAGCCAUAG